AUGCCCGUCUGCAGGUCGUGUAUACGGCGACUCAGAGACUCGGCGAGGUACUACAGCACCGGCCGAGACUACAAUGCCGCCGUCGCAGCUCUCAAUGGCCUGCAGAGUAACUUCUCUAUUGUCGAGGCCAUUCGAAAGCAAGGUCCCGGGUCAAACAAGCGCUCGAUUCCUGACAUGAUCGGGUGGGUGCGUCGAGUAGGGUACGAGCCGUCUGACUUCGACCGGCUGAACCCCAUUCACGUGGCUGGCACGAAGGGCAAAGGCUCUACCUCUUCCUUCAUCUCGUCUAUCCUUGCGCAGUACUUGCCCACUAGAAGGAGCAUACCGGCCGAACGGCUGCCGUCAAAAGUAGGACUGUACACAUCACCGCACCUUCGCUUCGUGCGAGAGAGGAUACAGAUCAACAAUGAGCCCGUCUCCGAGGAUCUGUUCGCAGAAUGCUUCUGGGAGGUAUGGGAUCGGUUUGAAGCGACCAAGCCUGCGUCGAGUGAAGCAGACCCAAGGAGCAUAGAUGGGAAGCCGGUAUACUUCCACUACCUCACCCUCAUGGCCUUGCAUUGCUACAUGAAAGAGAAUGUUGAAACAGCUGUGAUCGAAUGCGGUAUUGGCGGAGAAUACGACACGACCAACAUCUUGGUGCAACCUUCAGUGAAUGGUGUGACGAGUCUGGGAAUCGAUCAUGAAGCCUUACUGGGAAACACAAUCGGUGAGAUUGCCUGGCACAAGGCGGGCAUCUUCAAGCCUGGAGUGGCCGCUUUUACCGUACCCCAGCCCGAGGAUGCCAUGCGUGUGUUGCAUGAGAGAGCGAAGGAGAGGGACACGAUACUAUAUGAAGUCCCGGUGCACAAGGCAAUAGACUCGAUCGAGCUCGGCCUGCAAGGCCAUUUCCAGAGGCUGAACGCUUCGUUGGCUGUCUCGAUGUCCGCACAUCACCUCCAUCGGCUUGGAUUCAGCGGUAUCCCCGACCCAUACGAUCCGGCGUCCACCCUUCCAUCCGAGUUUAUCAAAGGCCUAGAAGAGACACAUCUCGGUGGUCGCUGUGACAGGAGGUCAGACCCCGUCGACUCAAACCUAACCUGGUACAUCGACGGCGGGCACACCCUCGAAAGCAUCGAGGUAGCCGCUCGCUGGUUCGCAGACCGCACCGCCAAAUCCGAAAGUGAAGGCGCAACCCGGAUCUUGAUCUUCAAUCAGCAGACAAGAGACGCCUCGUCCCUCGCCAAACGCCUCCACGAUGUCCUCGCUGCGGCUUUGAACGAUUCACAUCCGUUCAAGCACGCCAUCUUCUGUCCCAACACCACCUACAAAGACGCCGGAUACAAAGCAGAUCUUGUAUCUAUCAACACGAACAAGGACGAUGUCACCAGUCUGCGGGUCCAACAGGAGCUGGCCAAGACAUGGGAUGGCAUCGAUUCGCAAGCCCAGGUGCAUGUCGUCAGCACGAUAGAGGAUGCUGUGACGAAAGCCCGUGAGAUCUCCAACGGACGCAAGGUCGAGGUCCUGGCUACUGGCAGUCUCCACCUCGUUGGUGGAUUGAUCGAAGUUCUGGAAAACGAAGCUGAGAAAGGCGGCCGUUGA